AUGAAAGAUUGGCUGAAAUCACUUCCACCAGGAUCGAUCACCACUUGGGCAAAGAUGUGUGAAGAGUUUAUUGAUCAAUUUUGUCCUACCUCAAAAAUAGCAAAGUUGAAAAAAGCCAUAGAAAAUUUUGAGCAACAAGCAGCCGAGUCACUCUAUGAGGCGUGGGAAAGAUACAAAAGUUUGUUGAGGAACUGUCCGCAUAAUGAUCUAAACAUUAAGCAAGAAGUCUCUAUUUUCUAUGAUGGAGUAAAUGUGACAACUAGGAAGCUCCUUGACUCACAAGGACCACUCACAAUGAAAGCACCCGCAACUAUAAAGGAGCUAAUUAGCGAAUUCUCUAAACACUCUAGAGAAUAUCAUAACCCAAGGAAUGACCAGAGUCGAGGGGUGGUGAACUCAGUUACCGAUAGCAUGGCGACAAUGAUGGCUAAAUUAGAAAGCAAGUACCGUAGGAUGACAAAGAUGGAUCAAACCAUCCACGCCAUCCGGGUGGGGUGUGAGAAUUGUAGAGGGCCUCACCUUACUAAGGAUUGUGAUUUUGACAAGAACGGGAACUGGAAAGCCCAAAAAGAAUGGCUACCAUAUGAUGAGUACAAGAAGGCGAAGGAGGAAAAGUAUAAGCAAAAAGCAAGAGGUUUUUAUCAAAAGGAGGAGCCGGUGCAAGAAAAUCAAUUGGAAUUGGAAGAUAUGCUUACAAGAUUCGUAGCCGCAUUCGAGAAAAGACAUAACGAUACCGAUUGUGUAAUAAAAGAUCAACAAAACAUGUUGAGAGUGCACCAAAUUAUGAUGAAAGAUCAACGAGCUCUACUUAGGAAUCAGCAAGCCUCCAUUCUCAACAUUGAAAAGCAACUACGCCAACUUGCACAACAAGUAAACGAAAGACAACCGCGUGGACUUCCAAGUAAUACCGAAAAGAAUCCAAGGAUAGCUCAAGUAAAUGCAAUAACAACAAAUUCUAAGAAAAUUUUCACUUCUUUAAGUCCAAUCCAGAAAGAAGAAUCAAAACCCGUGCAAGGGAAAGAAGAAAAAAGUCGAAAAUCGCAUAUAACGACAUUGACUCGUACAACUGGUCUGGGUUGGUAG